GGCGCCGCUUUUCAUCCACCGUCUCUACCUUCCGCCCCUCGCUGCCUUUCGGCGCGACGUUCGACGCGUUCCGUCGUCUUGCGGUCCUUGCGGCGCCCGAACCCGCAAUGUCGGGCCCCAACGGGGACCUGGGCAUGCCGGUGGAGGCGGGCGCGGAAGGAGAGGAUGACGGCUUCGGAGAAGCAGAAUAUGCUGCCAUCAACUCCAUGUUGGACCAGAUCAACUCCUGUCUGGACCACCUGGAGGAGAAGAAUGACCACCUCCACGCCCGCCUCCAGGAGCUGCUGGAGUCUAACCGGCAGACACGCCUCGAGUUCCAGCAGCAGCUUGGGGAGUCCCCCAGCGAUGCCAGCCCCUAGGCUCAGGGAGCUCCCAACCAGGCCCCAACCCUGCUUCCCUAAGCUAGGCCCUGUCCUGGGCACUCGUCACCCAGCUUAGAUACCUUCCCAAGGGCUGGCCUUUGGGUCUCCUAGUGGGUCUCCUUGCCAGGGCCACCCUUCUGGCACUCACUUUGGCCUGCCCAGGCCAGCCCCCACCGCCCAGCAUCCCCUCCUGGGGCCAGGUGUGGGCCUGCAAUUUACCUACCUGCCUGCCUGCCCAACUCUGGGCACUUCCCACUCUGCUCAGGCCUUGAGUGUCCACAUUAAAUGGGUCUCCCACACCACUGCACCCCUCUCCUCUGUAUUUGGGAUGAGGACCCCAGUGGCUGCUGGAAGUGAACAGGGAGUUCCGGGCAUUGAUCAUGUACUGGCAGCUCACGGGCCGGGUGGUGGGGCUGGGGUUCUUGGACCCCUUGUAUUUCUAGAUGCAGAGGGUACAGGUGAGGUCAGAGCCUGCUCCCUACCUAGUGCACUCCUGACCAGCAGCUGCUUCCCAGCUCAGCUGAGACAGCACUGGACACGUGUAUGACCAAGGUGUGCCAUGCAGCCUUCGCAUUGCCCUCCUGCUCUUGGUCUGUCUCCCCAGCUGGCCAGUAAUAGGGUUGGUCUGGUUGUCUAUU